CAAAAAUAGACACCGAGUGGCUGGAGUUGAGCCUGCAACGCUGUGUGAAUUUCAGUCAAGGGGUGAAUCACUGUUACUUUAAACACUGUUUCCCAUUUAACUUCGCACUUCCACAAAAUGGUCAUUAAAAUCUUUCUCGCGUCAUCUUCAGGAUCGACAGCGAUCAAAAAGAAACAGCAAGAUGUUGUUGGAUUUCUUGAGGCACUUAAAAUCGAUUACACACAGCUUGACAUUGCUUCAAAUGAAGAGAAUCGCCAGUGGAUGAGGGAAAAUGUCCCUGGAGAAAUGAAGCCCACCAACGGAAUUCCUCUUCCUCCACAGAUCUUCAAUGAGGAGAAUUAUUGUGGGGAUUAUGACACAUUCUUUAAUGCCAAGGAGGACAACACAGUCUAUGAAUUUUUGGGCCUGACACCUCCACCAGGAUCAAAGGAGGCAAAACAAGCUGAAAAUUCACAAAAGCUUCAUAAUGGAUCUGCCACAGAGGAACAUGUCAAUGAUGAUACAACAAGAAAGGAAAUCAAGGAGGUUGAGCAGAAUGGAGACGCACACACAGCAGAGCUGGAAGAAGAUGCUGUGGCUGAGGAGGUAGAGACUGCUGAUCAAGAGGAAGAACCAACAGAGGAGGCUGAGAAAGAUGAAGAGGAAGAGAGUAGAAAGGCAGCUGAGGAGGAAGACCAGGAUGAAGGAGAGUUUGAUAAGGGAGAAGACAACCACCUGGUGUCAGAGGAGGAAGAAGAACUACAAAAGCUUGAGGAGGAAGAGGAGCAGGGCUCUGAGGCAGAGGACUAGUUUUCUGAAUCAGAGGAUUUUAGACCUGGAAUUUCCCCGUACAGCUGGAAGUAACACCAAGUGCCUUGGAGCUGUCUGAUAAAUAUCAGCGUUCACGUCUCUGGAGCAUCGCCCAAGUCAAAUGUGACAUCACUGCACUGCAGAAUAUGCACUCUGGACACACUAGCACACAAGCCCACCAUAAAUUGCAUCUUGUCACAUUACUUACACUGAUGUGAUUUCAAAAUAUACCUUAUGUUGUUUUUUAUGGCUCAAACACAUAGAAUUGCUGCUUAUAAAAUGGCAUUGCAUUUUGAGUGAAUGGUGCCUUUUUUCUUAUUGUAGAAUUUAGAAUUUUUACUGCUCUAAGUAGUUACAAUCUUAGUGAAGAUUAAAUUAAAAUUAGAUCUUAACUCUGACGAAGUGACAGUUCCAUCAUUGUUUUCAGUCUAACAUGUCUGAUUUUAGUCUGAACAUAUGAUGUCAGAACCUGCUAUAAACCAUUCUCUGUAGUCGGCUGGAAGUGUAAAUGUACUUUGUAUGUAGACAUACAUAAACAAUUGGAAAUUCCCAUAUUUGCAAAUAAAAGAGUGAGUU